UUCGUCAUUUGUUUUUCUGCAAGCAAGUAGCCCUGUAUCAUGACUGAAUAGACACUUAUUUUGAAUCGGUAUUUUGUGAAUUACUUGAUGAUUUUUUGAUUUGGCUACGGAUUGGAAGACUGAGGAAUCGGGGUUCAAUUCCCGGCAGAGGGCAGCGGAUUUUUCUCUACGUCACAGCGUCCAGACCGGCUCUGAGACCCAACUAGCCUCACACACGAUCAGUAUUGUGAAGUGUUCUCCAGGGAGUAAAGCGGAAGAGGCGUGAAGCUGACCACCCACCUUUAACUAGUGCCGAGAUAUAGUUUUGAAAGAUCCGCACGCAGGAAGAGUUCCCAGAAGGAACGCCGCCAUGUCAACAGAGUUCCCAUAUGACGUGUGUGACCUUGACGAAGACCUGAACCGGCAGAUCCUCCGGGACUUCACAGGCGAGAGAACAGGAUUCGUACAGGUUGGACCUGAGAAGUGGUUCCUGCCAAGGAAGUACAAGGCCCAGGCCAGCAACUUCUACAACUUGGAGCCUCGGCCCGACGAUAUAUGGGUAGUCACUUAUCCCAGAUCAGGAACGACAUGGAGCCAGGAACUUGUGUGGCUCAUUGCUAAUGAUCUGGACUACGAGACAUCUAGGCGCAUUCCGCUCAUGCAGAGGUUUCCUUUCUUCGAGUUCAGUUUAUUUGUUCACGAUGAAAUGACGGCCGAGCUUCUGAAAAUGAACACUGGUGAUGCUGAGAAACUGGACCUGGUGGAGCAGAUAAGCCGACCUGGUUAUGAAGUUCUGAACGAGAUGAAGUCUCCACGUUUCAUCAAGACACAUUUCCCGUUAAGUUUGCUUCCACCCAACUUGCUUGAUGUUGGCUGCAAGGUUCUGUAUGUGGCUCGAAACCCUAAGGACGUUGCGGUGUCGUUCUACCAUCUGAACAGACUGAUCCGUACUCAGGGUUAUCUUGGAGACUUCCCCCACUACUGGGACUACUUCCAGAACAAUUUGCAUCCAUGGGCACCUUACUGGUCACAUGUCAUUGAAGGAUGGGACAACAGACACAACCCGAAUAUGCUAUUUCUCUUCUAUGAGGACAUGAACAAGAACCUACCAGCAACUAUAAAUAAAGUGGCCAGAUUCCUACAACGUAAGCCGUUAGAUGACCAACAAGCAUCGACUCUGGCAAACCACCUUGAUAUCAAGAACUUCCGCAACAAUCCAGCUGUUAACUUUGACUUACUACGAAACAUUGGAUUGCUAAACGAAGGUGAAGAGAACUUCAUCAGGAAAGGCAAAAAUGGAAGCUGGAAGGAAGAAUUUACCCCAGAGCUGAGCAAACGGGCAGAUCGAUGGAUCCAAGAGAACAUGAAACAUACAGAUCUGCGGUUCCCAGUGUACAACACUGCUUGAGAAUGACUCAUCUCCAGUAUUUGCAGUCAUACCUGCUAUCAUGGAUACUUGCAGAACUUUUUACAAAGGGGAAAGCCAGAAAAUUUGCACUGAAAUUUAAAUUUAAGCCUUUUAAGUAAGCUGUCAAAUACCAUUGUAUGCAAGACAGAAGAAUCAGUUUUCUUUAAAUUUACUCUCACAUACAAGUAUAUAUGAGCUACUAUAGACGGGGUUUGGAUUGAUAAUCAGAUCUAUGGCACAUUUAUACAACUCAUAAUUACAAGUAAGAAUUAUGUUCUCACUAUUCCACACACUUCACAAAUCACUACGGGACACACUAGGUCUUCUCAGUCUGUUACAGUGUUCACUAACCACUUGAUGGUAGCAGCUUCCAACUGUGGAUGUACCCCUUCCUCUGGGUUCCAGAACUAUCCGUGUCCUUAGUUACCAGUUUCUAAGAGUAACAGCAAACACCAACUGAACUGCAGCAAUCCUCUGUAUCGCUUACUCACCAACCAACUCUUCACUAACUCCACUGACUGACUGAUGACUCAAAGUUAUCUUAUGAUGGACAGU